AUGCCGGACGAGCUGACGGAGCCCGGGCGCGCCACGCCGGCCCGCGCCUCCUCCUUCCUCAUCGAGAACCUGCUGGCCGCCGAGGCCACCAAGGGCGCCGGGCGCACGGCCCAGAGCGCCGGCGGCCGCGAGGACGAGGAGGACGACGGCGACGAGCCGGCAGACGGGGACCCCGAGCAGGCGCGCCGGCGACGGCUGCAGCGCCGCCGACAGCCGCGCGCGGGCCCCGGGCCUGGCGGGGAGGCGCGGGCCCGGGCGCUGCUCGGCCCGGGCGCCCUGGGCCUCGGCCCGCGGCCGCCCCCCGGGCCCGGGCCGCCCUACGCGCUGGGCUGCGGAGGCGCGAGCCGCUGGUACCCGCGGGCGCCCGGCGGCUACGGAGGCGGACUGAGCCCUGACGCCAGCGAUCGGGAUUCCCCGGAGACCAGCGAGGAGCUGGGCCGGGCCGAGGGCGCCUGGCCGCGUGGGCCUGGGCCGGCCGCAGCGCAGCGCGAGGCGGUGGAGCUGGCCGUGCGGGGCCCGGAGGCGGCCAGAGCAGAGGAGGCGGCAGAGCUGGCCGAGACCCCCGCGGCGGCGGCGGCGGCGGCGGCGGGGGAGGCCCGCAGCGCAGGUGGUGGCCGCAAGAAGAAGACGCGCACGGUCUUCUCUCGCAGCCAGGUCUUCCAGCUUGAGUCCACGUUCGACCUGAAGCGCUACCUGAGCAGCGCCGAGCGCGCCGGCCUGGCUGCGUCGCUGCAGCUCACCGAGACGCAGGUCAAAAUCUGGUUCCAGAACCGCCGGAACAAGUGGAAGCGGCAGCUGGCCGCCGAGCUGGAGGCGGCCAGUCUGUCCCCACCUGGCGCGCAGCGCCUCGUCCGAGUCCCGGUGCUGUACCACGAGAGCCCCCCGGCCGCCGGCGCGGCCGCCGGGGCUCCCACCACGCUGCCCUUCUCGCUGGCGCCCGCUGCGCCCGCGCCGCCCCCGCCGCUGCUUGGCUUCUCUGGCGCUCUUGCGUACCCUCUGGCCGCCUUCCCCACGGCUGCCGCCUCCGUGCCCUUCCUGCGGGCGCAGAUGCCCGGGCUGGUGUGA